CCUCGUGUGUUCAUUCUCUCGGGAAAUCAGGUUGCCUACAGCCAAGAGUUGGGAACAGGAGCAAGAGAGACUUAGCCGCCAGCAGAGCAAACAGCAGGAACCCGAUGGCUUCAGCAGGACCCAUGACCAAUUCCAUGUUUGUGGUGGCACCCCCCAACGGGUAUCCUGAGAUCCAAGGAGGCAUGUGUCAGGUGCCCCUGUAUCCCAGCAACCAGCCCCAAGUCCACCUCAUUCCUGUGAACCCCCCUGGUUUGAAGUCAUCUGUGACUGAGCAACCUGCCCAGAGAGCCUUGAGAGAGGGCAAAGUCUUAGGGGCCAUCCAGAUCCUGAUUGGCCUGAUCCACGUGGGCCUUGGCUCUAUCAUGGCCACCGUCCUCUCAGGGCACUACACAGCGAUCUCGUUCUACGGAGGCUUUCCCUUCUGGGGAGGCGUCUGGUUCAUCGUUUCAGGAUCCCUCUCAGUGUCAGCCGAAAAUCAGCCAAAAUCCUCUUACCUGCGGAAUGGCAGUUUGGGCUUGAACGUUGUCAGCGCAAUCUGUUCCGUGGUUGGAAUCACACUCUUCAUCAUGGAUAUGAGUCUCCCUCCCAUCUAUGCCCGCCCUGACUCUUAUCCCUACUAUGACACCUGGGGUGUGACCCCCGGAGUGGCGAUUUCGGGCGUGCUGCUCAUUUUCUGUCUCCUCGAGUUCGGCAUUGCCUGUGCAUUUUCCCACCUGGGCUGCCAACUGGUCUGCUGUCAGCACAACGUGGGCGUGGUCCUCCCGAAUGUCUAUAUGGCAAACCCAGUGGUCGUCCCAGAACCGGUGAACUUGCCACCGACUUAUCCCAACGAGGCCCAGGGCUCCAGAUAAGCAAAGCCACAGCUUCUAGAAGCAUCUUUCGCUGAGACCAAAAGAAGACCUCCCCGUUCUGGGCUUCUGAAACCCAGGAUCCUCCUUCCCUGACAAUGUUAGGGAAAUGUCUCUCUAACGGGCGUGCAUCGUGACUUUGUUCCAUUCGGCCUGGUAAAUCGUGCAAUGACUCUAUUAAAAAGGAGACAGAAAUUGAAAGUGGAUUUUAACAAAGAGAUCCUUCCCCGGGGUGUCUACACCUGGGGCCUUGUGUGCUUACCUGUGUGAGCUCAUGGUUGGAAAAGCAAAUGUCUAGACAACACAAUAUUCAUUCUUUCAAUCAUUCAUUUGGUGAUUAAAUAUGUCCUGAGCA